UCCAAUCUUCAGAAGAAGUCCGGAUCUAACAAAAUCUCCUGUGACAAAAUCGGAACAAUUAUUAAGGAUAGAGGACCAUGACUUUACAAUGAGACCAGCAUUUGGAGGACCGCCUAUACCAGUCGGGGUAGAUGUUCAGGUUGAGAGCCUUGACACUAUCUCUGAGGUUGAUAUGGACUUCACUAUGACUCUUUAUCUGAGACAUUAUUGGAAGGAUGAGCGCCUAUCCUUUCCAAGCACCAACAACCAGAGCAUGACCUUUGACAGUAGGCUGGUGAAGAAGAUUUGGGUGCCUGACAUGUUCUUUGUUCACUCGAAAAGAUCUUUCAUCCACGACACUACCACGGACAACGUGAUGCUGCGAGUUUAUCCUGAUGGAAACGUGCUCUACAGUCUACGAGUAACAGUCACUGCCAUGUGCAAUAUGGACCUCAGUCGUUUCCCCCUGGACACACAAACCUGCUCACUCGAGAUAGAGAGCUAUGCAUACACUGAUGAUGACCUCAUGUUGUACUGGAAGAAAGGGAAUGAGUCAUUAAACACAGAUGACAGGAUCUCUCUGUCCCAGUUUCUCAUCCAAAAGUUUCACACAACUACAAAGCUGGCUUUCUACAGCAGCACGGGCUGGUACAAUAGGCUGUACAUCCACUUCACCCUCCGGCGCCACAUCUUCUUCUUUCUGCUGCAGACAUAUUUCCCUGCCACGCUCAUGGUCAUGCUGUCCUGGGUGUCGUUCUGGAUCGAUCGCAGGGCCGUGCCUGCUCGAGUACCUUUAGGUAUCACUACAGUCCUUACAAUGUCCACUAUCAUCACUGGUGUCAAUGCCUCCAUGCCACGUGUGUCCUACAUCAAAGCAGUGGACAUCUACCUUUGGGUCAGCUUUGUGUUCGUGUUCCUCUCUGUUAUUGAGUAUGCAGCUGUCAACUACCUGACCACCGUGCAGGAGCGCACAGAGAGGAAGCUCCGAGAGCAAUUACCCUGCACAUGUGGUAUAGCACACCCAAAUGAGCACAUGAUGGUGACUACUGCCUAUAGUGAUGUGGAUCAAAGCACAACAGGGAACUAUGGGAUGCCAGACAACGAAGUGAGACAAGAGAGGAUCUUUGCUCAGUUCACAUUAGCAGACAAUCAGACCACCAGUCACGUGAGGAGCUUAAGAAGCUACGUCAACAUCUGGAUAGACACCCACGCCAUAGACAAGUACUCAAGGGUGAUUUUUCCUGGAGCAUAUACCCUCUUCAACAUCAUCUACUGGUCCAUCUACUCCUAACACACCGGUGAGCUACAGCACUGGAGUGGUCUGAACUAUCAAAGGCUGGGAUAGACGUUGUGGAGGUGCAAUGAAAGUUCACAAGAAGAACAAGAAGCUAACAACAGGGAUGAAAAAGGUAUCAUUUAAUCCAUAUGCACUUUUUUCAAAAUGCAGUUUUCUCAUUGGAAUUUUACAACAGUUAUGAAACCUUUUAAAUAAGGAUGUUAAAAAGCAACAUUUUGACAAAGUAUUUUUUAGUUCUUUAAUUCAUUUGGUUUAUGGUGCUGUAGGCAACCUUUGUAUGAGAAUUUCAAGAAAACUGUUGAAAACACCUAAACCUGUAAGCAUAAUAAUUUCCAGAUAAUGACAAUCAGGAGUUCUUAAACAUUUUAUAGCCCGGGACCCCUUUAACUAUACAAAUAAUUCCAUAUACUUCAUCAGUACAUAUUGAUUUUAUGAACAUUAAUAAAUAGACAAAAUAUAAUUGUAUUGUAUUUAAAUAGAUUCACAGAACUGUCCACUAACAGAACACAUUGCAUCCAGGUAUAGUUACAGACUACGUGUUUCUCAGUUAUUGAAGUUUGGAUUAAACCUAUUCAAUUAUAGUUACCAGUCAAACAGGCUAAUAACUAUAAGAACUCAGCAAUUAAUGAUAAUGUGAUUUUCUCCACUGUACCUAAAUAAAGAUAAUUUAAAAAAAUAAUAAUUUGUUCCCCUGGGGUCCAUUUUGAGAACCGCUGCUGUAGAUUACAGAAUAUCUAAAGGCAAUGGACUGGGUAUAGAAAACAUUACAUUCAUGUAGACAUCACAUUCAUUGUAUUUAAUUAUAUAUUUCUUCUAAUAUUCCUUUGAAUGCUUUAGAUUCUUAAUCCACUGCAGCUUAGAUUUAUCUUCCAAUUCAAACACUAUCAACACCAUGUUCAACAAAGGUUAAAGUUUCGUGGUUUAUUUCUGAUUGCCAGACGGUUCAGAAACAGAAAGAAACCCUGAAAGGCCACGAGGUUGUCAACAAUACAUGUUAAUAUCAUGAACACUGAACACAGCAUGUUUUGAUGUAUGCACCACUGUAAAUUCUUUAAAUUGUUGGAGCUGGAAGGACUUUUAAAUAUGCUCAGUUAAUGUUUGUGUAAAUAACAUGACUUGGUGGUCUUGGCAAAUGUGAAUUCAUCCAAGACUUAAUUUUGUUGAAAUACCGUUUUGUGAGGUCUAGCAUAACUGUUUCUAAAUUGAAGUAAGUUAAGUAGGUUGCAUGAUUUUAUACUGAAUAUAAAUAUGAAAAAGUAGCUUGUUAUUUGUGCAUUUAGCCAUUUUGUUAUUAUUCUGUACCAAGCAAAAUGUCAUGGGCUGGUCAGGUGGAAUAAUUUAACCAAAAUUUUUCCCACUUGAGAUCAGUUUAUUAUUGCAAAUUUAGGAUAUAUUUCUUGUGUGUUGUCUUAAUUUUUUUUUAAAUAAUUUCUUUGGUUAAAAAUUGUUGCUCUCACACAAAAAAUUAACUGAUUCAAAUUGCUGUGAUGUUUACACUAAUUGUGAAUACUGACAUGAUUUAUGAGAAAUGUAAUAAACUUGUACAUACUGCAGAUAAAACCAUUAAGCUAUGAAUGCUUUAA